CUUUUCUUCCAACACCCCCUCCUCGCCGCUCUCGGCCCGCAUCCACUGCUACGGGAGCGCAUUGUGCCUUGCGGCCCGUCUCACUGCAUCCCUUUUGCGAUCCUGGCUCGCUCCGCUCGAAGAACGGACCCAGUCGACUACCGGAUCCGCUGAUCCAGAACUCCUCCACUCUCGCUUGAACAGCGUCGUCGCUCUCGACUCACAUCCAACUCCCACCGCCCGGCAUCGUACCAUCCCGUACCGAAACCCCAACUGAUCAAUGAUGAUUUGCACAAAACUCGUCCUCUUUGUUGUUUCGUUCCUCUGGCUGCAUCUGGACCUGGCCGCGGGCCAGACGACUGUGCAGGUUUCAUCAGCCUCGGGUGCCAAUCCCUCAACCACCGUCGCUUCGUCUGCCGCAUCUUCGGGCACCCUGGGCACCACAGCCUCGGGGUCGACUGCCCCAACCAGCACCUCUUCGCCCGCUCCGAUCUGUGACGGCAGCAAGCUGCUAGGCAACGUGGUCCUCACAUCGCCCAACUCGUCGUCGUACCACUAUGUCGGCACAAGCUUGACCAUUGCUUGGGGAUACUCGUCUGUAACCGAUACCGCCAACUAUCCGGCCAACGGCUCCUGGAUCUACUAUCAGUCAAGCACCCAAACCGACCCACGCAAAUGGACGUUCUUGAGCAGCGUCUCCAAAACCGAUCGCUCGUUCCUCUGGCAGGUGCCGCAGAUGGCUGCUGGUGCAUACACGAUCCGAGUCGUGACCGACAACCAAGAUGUCCAGAACAUCACCGGCAACCUUGUGCCUUGCUACCCGCCCGGCUUCCCUGGCAUCGGCAGCACCAGUCUCCAGCUGUAUCAGCCAACGGAUGUGACGCCGGCCCCUGAUCCGUACCCGCCCAACAAGAGUAUUGGAUCGCGGCUGGCUCCCUUUGCCGCGGCCCUGGUCGGUGUCGCCCUCAUCCAUGUGCUCGUGCUCUAGCAUGAGCUCGAAAGGGACAGCAGCAGAAGGAAGUGGCGAGCAAAUCAACAGCCGCCAGUGGCCGCCCAAGCGAAUCCACUUGGAUUGGACCCUUUCCAUAUCCAGCAGCGAAGCAUUUUGCUCUUCUUUCCCAGCGCACCCGAGCCGGAACAGGACAUCCUACAUUUACCAUGGCUAUUUUUUUUGAAUGGA